AUGGAACGAAUGUUGGACAUUCAGUUCCAAAGAAAAUUGAAAAAUGUGCAUAAGCUAAGUGGUGUCAUACAGUGGAAAUACGAAAAGCGGCCAUUUUGUAAUGCAUUUACAGGUUGUGGGAGGAAGCGAUCUCAAUUUUCACCUUUUACUCUGUUGAAACGCAAUGCAAUAGAAACUGAACCCUACAAUAACGAAGGAAUGGACGAAGGCCUAAGUGAUUUGAUAGAUAUAAAUGCAGAACCAGCUGUGGAAAAUGUUCAAAAGCAAAUAAUGUCGCAAGCGAAAAUAUUUGAAGCUAUUAGAGAAGCGAGCAAGGAAAUAUUUCGACAAAAAAAUAAGCAAAAGAUGAAAUAUCAACAACAGGAAUAUGCAAAUCACUAAACAUGCUAACAUUCUAUUAAUAAACGCAAAUAUA